AGAGUCGCGCCGAAGAAACGUGAACAGGAGCAACAGCAGCAGCGUUGUUUCCAAACGACUCAGGUGGCUGUUGUUAUGAGCAGCCCCAUGGCCGGCUCCGCAGCCUCCAGUUCUAAAGAGCGUCCAGCUUCCAGGACCAGUUUCAUCCUUGAGAUACAGAGCAUGAUGUUUGCUCUGGGAGACGCUCGCAGGCCUCUGCACGAGACAGCCGCUCUGGUGGAGGACAUCGUGCACACCCAGCUCAUUACCAUGCUGCAUCAGGCCUGCGAGGGGGCGUCUCAUCGUGGUUCGAGGUUCAUUUCAGCGGAGGACAUCCUGUUCCUGAUGAGGAGAGACAAGAGGAAGGUGGCGAGGUUAUUAAAAUAUCUCCAGUUUCGAGAUUAUAAAUCCAAACUACUCAAAACUCUGGAGGAUGAAGACAUUCAGCAAGAAACGGACCGGCCGGCUGGUGCUGCAGGCGGCGCUGCAGGCGGCGCUGCAGGCGUUCACCAGCGGAGGCAGCGAUUGGCCCAGGACUUUCUGGUGUGGAUGGAUCAGACCGGAGAGCUCCUCUCAUUGGCUGAUCGGCAGGAAGUAGACCCCAUCAAACAGGAACGGAUGGAGCGUCUAGAGCGCCAGACUCGAACUAUGGACCAGGGGCAGUACUCUGAGUUCUGUGAGAGUCGACAGCUCAGUUUUGCUAAGAAGGCGUCAAAGUUUCGAGACUGGCUGGACUGCAGCAGUUUAGAGCUGAAACCCAACAGCAUCUCCAUGGAGAUCCUGUCCUACCUGGCCUAUGAGACUGUUGCCCAGAUUGUGGAUUUGUCUCUGUUGGUAAAGCAAGAAAUGACUGCAAAAACAAAUCCCAUCAGUCAUGUGAUCUCUUCCAGCUACAUCCAAUACAACACUCAUACUGAGGUAAAGAAGGAUCCAGACUCACCUGAAGCCACUCCCCCUUCUACUCCAGGCUCCUCCCACUCAAAGACCCUCCCACAGGGUAACGGCAGUCUCGACGGCAGGGCAAGACAGAGAAAACGCAAAAAGAGCUGUCCGGCUCCAGUAGAACCUCCCAGUGGAGCCAUCCAGCCCUGUCACAUCAGAGAGGCCAUUAGAAGAUACAACUACAGACACACAAGUGCUUAUUGGAGGAGUGGGAUGGCCUUCCUCACCUGCUGAAGAUGAAACCUUUUCUUAGAAGUACCUGCAUGUAUAAUUCCAUUUUUUUUUUGUUCUACUGUUGUAAU